CCAGAGAGAAAGGGAUUAGGGCGAGAGCACUGGAAGUUAAAUUGUGCUGCAUAUAAAAAAUGGGCGGAUUGGUCUCUAGAUGAGAGCUUGGUACCACCUUCCUUUCUAAAAUAAAAUCUCUCUGGCAUGAAGUCACAGCCUAUUUCACAUCCGGUUUACCCUGGGACGUAUUACUACUGUCUUGGUAAAGAGAAAGCUUUUGUUGUAUAGCUGCGGUCUGAAUAUUGGGAAAAGAAAUUUGGGUGUUAAAUCGCCAAGACCGAAGCACCGACAGAGUCCAUGAUGGCAGGGACCGAAUGACUGAGAGGCAGAGCCGAGAAAGGCAGCACAGCCUCAGCCACUCCAAGGGCUCCUUACCUUCAAGCAGCCUUGAUUUCUUGGGCGAUUUUCUCUGGCAGACUUUUUCAGCGAUUCUGCGAACCUGUGCCCAGAGGGGUUCUCGCUAUGGACAAACUUCAUUACAAGAUGAAAUUAAAGACAACACUACCAUAUUUACCAGAAUACUGGACCGUCUGCUAGAUGGCUAUGAUAACCGCCUGAGACCAGGAUUGGGAGAGCGUGUAACUGAAGUGAAGACUGACAUCUUCGUCACCAGUUUUGGGCCUGUUUCAGAUCAUGAUAUGGAAUAUACAAUAGAUGUAUUUUUUCGUCAAAGUUGGAGAGAUGAGAGACUAAAAUUUAAAGGACCCAUGACAGUUCUCCGGCUGAAUAAUUUAAUGGCCAGCAAGAUUUGGACACCUGAUACCUUUUUCCACAAUGGAAAGAAGUCUGUGGCUCACAAUAUGACAAUGCCUAACAAACUAUUACGUAUUACAGAAGAUGGGACACUGCUGUAUACAAUGAGACUGACAGUGAGAGCAGAAUGUCCAAUGCAUUUAGAAGACUUUCCUAUGGAUGCACAUGCCUGCCCCUUGAAAUUUGGAAGCUAUGCCUAUACCAGGGCAGAAGUGGUGUAUGAAUGGACACGGGAACCUGCAAAAUCUGUGGUUGUGGCUGAUGAUGGUUCUCGAUUGAACCAAUAUGACCUCCUGGGGCAAACUGUGGACUCUGGAAUUGUACAGUCCAGUACAGGAGAAUAUGUUGUAAUGACUACCCACUUCCAUUUAAAGAGAAAGAUUGGUUAUUUUGUCAUUCAGACUUAUCUACCAUGCAUCAUGACAGUGAUUUUGUCCCAGGUCUCCUUCUGGCUUAACAGAGAAUCUGUUCCAGCAAGAACUGUAUUUGGAGUGACAACUGUCCUGACAAUGACAACCUUGAGUAUCAGUGCAAGGAAUUCCCUUCCAAAGGUAGCCUACGCCACUGCUAUGGAUUGGUUUAUAGCAGUGUGCUACGCAUUUGUGUUUUCAGCCCUCAUUGAAUUUGCAACAGUGAACUACUUCACAAAGAGAGGUUAUGCAUGGGAUGGCAAAAGUGUUGUUCCUGAAAAGCCAAAGAAAGUGAAGGAUCCUCUCAUUAAGAAAAACAACACAUAUACAGCAGCAGCAACAAGUUAUACCCCUAACAUUGCAAGGGACCCUGGACUGGCUACCAUUGCUAAAAGCGCAACAAUAGAGCCCAAAGAAAUUAAACCAGAAACAAAACCUGCAGAACCGAAGAAAACUUUUAACAGUGUCAGCAAAAUUGACCGACUAUCAAGAAUAGCUUUCCCAUUGCUCUUUGGUAUCUUUAAUUUAGUCUACUGGGCCACUUAUUUAAACAGGGAGCCCCAGCUAGCCCCAACUCCUCAUCAAUAACCCCAUUACUUCAUGUAGUUUUAUUCUUUUGCACUGGGAAUUGCUUUCAAUUUUUGACACACAGUAAUUCCCAUUUGCUUCAUUGCCUCUGUCUUAAAGAAAAUGAAGGAUACUUAUUUAAAAAAAGGUAAAAAUAUAUAUAUAUUUUAAAAAUAAGAAACAAACCCUCUAUGCUUAGGCUGUAUCCUUGGAACCUUGAUUCUGAAAAAGAGAAAGUUAAAAUUCUAGUAAUGAAAACAAUUCUAAACUAUUUGUAGAUAGCAUAUUACUGAAUGUCCCAACAAAGAUAUUGUAUAUGUAUGUGAAAGAUAUUUUUAUGCAAAAUGAUUGUGGGGGGAAAAUAUUCUUUACGAUGUUCAUGUUGCACAUGAUGUAGUGUACUUACCAAUUAUUGAGCACUAUUUACUUUAUAUUCUUUUCAAGGACACAAAGCUUUCAGUUUUGUUGAAUUCAAGAAGAUAUUUAUUUGUCCUACUCUUUGCUUCUCAAUUCCCAAUCCCAUAAUUACUAAUUAUUUUUCAAAGAAAAGAAAGUCUGCAUAUUCUAGAUACAGUUGAUCACUGUGUAAUACAUAUGAUCUAAUGGUAACAAAUGCUUUAAUGUGCUGUCUUACUGCAGUUUUGUUUUAAGCAUUAUGUUGUCACUAGACUAGAUAAGAAUCAGUUCACAAUCAAGUGCAGAACCUAAAUUCUUUUGGCACCCUGCGUAAUCAAACCAAUUCUUGGAUGUUUUAAGCAGGUAGCUUUUAUUUGUCAGUAUGUUUUAGAAAGAAAAAAAAACAGUUUUGCAAGCUCUAGAUAUGUUGAAUGUAUUCUUUUAUAAAAUAAUACAUUAAAAAAGCUUUAGACAGAAAUUUAUGGAUAGAAGAAAGACAGAAAUUAGUAUUUAAAUAACAUAUGUAAAUAUGCAGCAUGAGAUUGUACAUUUUUUUUACUUUUUUAAAGUUGUGUUCUUCAAAUAUUAUGUAGGGUUCACCUCUUAGCUCUUGAUAUGUUGUUAAAUGCUAAACAAACAUAUUUAGAGCCUGCAUAAAAAAUGUCAGUAGUACUUGAAAGGCUAAACAGAGUAGAAAGUGCUUGGAAUUGAAUCCAUUUUUAAAGUGGUGAAGUGUACAGUAGCUUGCAAUUUGACAAUGUCAUCCAAUGUAUACUAGAUAAAUGACUGGUUUGCUCAGGUCAUUUAUAAAUACUAAAGUAUGGGAUUAUAUUUGGUAGGUAAAACUGGUAAAAUAUUUGUUAAGACAGAAAAUCAUCUGUAUAUUACUGCUAUAUUUGCUGAUACAUAACUGUUACAAUAAGUGAUGUAAUAUAUGUAGCAUUAAAUACAAACAAUCAUACACAAAAGAAUGUACAGUAAAAUAGAUUUUAUUGAGUAAACUUAUUACAUUUCAUUUUUACUGUAGCAAUAUAUUUGUAGGAACAAUAUGUAAGGGCUUUAAAUACAAGAUGUCCAUUUUGCAGGUAUGGUAUUCCCUUUAAACAAAAUAUAGUCAGUUUCAUUACUACUGAGAACUUAGAAAUAUAUAUUUCAGAUAAGGAUUUUUCAAAGAGCUCAAGAGAUUGAUGGGGUUUUGCAAGUAUUAAUUCAGAAUCCAUAAAACACAAUAUUGAAUGAAUUUAAAACAAUGCCACAUGAAUGUUCAGUGGAAUAUUUAAUGAGACAGCCAAGUUUAAUACUUGCAUUUCAGGCAAUGUUUUAUAAACUCUUUCUCAAUAAAUCAAAAGUUCGCCACUCACUACUAAAAAUAGUUAAUGAUUUAUUUAGAAAACAAUUAAUAAAGCUUCAUUGUCUAACAUUUAGUCCUGUCUAAACUUGAUGAGUAAUUUGAUUGGAACUUAUUAAAGGGGAUGUUUCAUCUUCUGGUAUCAUGUGUAGAUAUAUGUAUAGAAAAAAAUAAAAUAUGGCUCUUUAACUUCUGUGUACUUGUUUAUCUUGUUAUUUUUGGCGUUAAUCUAGUGUGUUCAUUUAGGGUAUUUUACCUUACUAGCAAUUCAUUGCUACUUUUGGUCUGCAUUUUGCACAUUAGAUGUGAAUAUUACUUAAAUAGUCCGCUUUUUGCUAUGCAAUGAUUGCAUUAUAUCACCUCUUAGUUUGUUAGUCUAUGUGAAUAGUAUUAUACUGUAUAAACUUGAUUGCACAGUUUAUCAAAGACAAGGUAUUCUCUAUGUAGCUUUUUUACAGUGCUUUGCUAAACCAUGUAAUAAUAGUAAGUCUUCCUUGAAAAUAAUGAUACACUCUUAUAGAGGACAGUUUCUGUUUACUCGUGGGAUAAUUUUAAAAAGAUGACAUUGAAUGUUUAUUGCACCUCAGUGCAGUGAUGUGGCAAUAAAACCUAAAUCUAAUAGAGGUUGUUUAUGGCAGAAGCAUGUAUUGCUUUACAGAGUUUAGCAAAAGCUCUUUAUUUUAU